AUGGAGAAAUGGAAUCACACUUCAAGUGACUUCAUUUUGUUGGGGUUGUUUCCCCAAAAUCAAACCGGCCACCUUCUCUUGUUCCUUAUCAUCUUCAUAUUCUUCCUGGCUAUGGUGGGUAACUUGACUAUGAUUCACCUCAUACACAUGGAUCCCCGACUCCACAUACCCAUGUACUUUCUGCUCAGCCAACUAUCCCUUAUGGACCUGAUGUACAUCUCCACCACUGUCCCCAAGAUGGCUUUAAACUUCUUCUCUGGCCAGAAAAUUAUCUCCUUCCUGGGAUGUGGAGUACAAAUCUUCUUCUUCUCGACUAUGGCAGGUUCUGAAGGCUUACUCCUGGCAUCCAUGGCCUAUGACCGCUAUGUGGCCAUCUGCCACCCCCUCCAUUAUUCAAUCCGCCUCAGUAAAAGAAUGUGUGUGAAAAUGAUCAUAGGAUCUUGGAUAGCGGGAUCCAUCAACUCCUUGGCACACACAGUUUACAUCCUCCAAAUUCCUUUCUGUAGGUCUAGGGCUAUUGAUCAUUUCUUCUGCGCUGUCCCAGCCAUGUUGUCUCUUGCUUGUUUGGACACUUGGUUCUAUGAAGACAUGGUUUUUUUGAGCACAAUCCUCUUUCUCCUUCUUCCCUUCCUGUGCAUCAUAGCUUCCUAUGGCCGGGUCCUAUUUGCUGUCUACCAAAUGCGCUCAAAGGCAGGAAGAAAAAAGGCCUUCACCACCUGUUCAGCACAUUUGACUGUAGUGACUUUGUAUUGUGCACCUUUUGUCUACACCUAUCUUCGACCCAAGAAUCUCCGCUCACCAGAAGAAGAUAAGAUCCUAGCAGUCUUCUAUACCAUCUUCACUCCUAUGCUCAAUCCCAUUAUCUAUACUUUAAGGAAUAAGGAAGUCCUAGGGGCCGUGAAAAGAGUUUUUGGGAAAUUCUCUUCCACUAAAGAAUAA